AUCAAAGUUCUCACUUCUAUUGCUCCUCAUCACCUCUCCAAUUCCCUCUUCACUCAUUUCUUAUCUGUCAUAGAUCAAACUCAAAACUAACCAACACAACACUCUCCAUAUCUCUAAGCCCAUCUCCUCCCUUCCCCUUUGGCCCUCCUAACUUCUCCUACUUCUCCUCUUCUUCCUCCUUCACCACCACCACAUACACAACUCUCUCUCUCUCUCUCUCUCUCUCUCUCUAUGGCAACCAAUUCUUUCCAAUCCGUAUACCACAAUCACCACUCACUCCUCAACCACCACCACCACAACCAACAAAUAGAGAUUGCUCCUUCCACCCUCUCCUCCACUCUUUUCCUCAAACCCAACACCACAAACACCCCAAACACCAUAAGCACUUCUUCUCUCUCCUCCACCAAAACCUUCUCAAUCUCACCCACCACUUCACUCUCCACACCCUCCUCCACCCAAGCCAUCUCCUUUGACCUCCUACAGCAGCACCUCUCCGCCCAAAACUUCCGUGAAGCGGACGAAGAAACCCGCCGCCUCCUCAUCGUCCUGGCCGGAGAACAAGCCCAGAAGCGAGGCUACGUCUUCUUCUCCGAGGCCCAGUUCAUCUCAGAAGCCGACCUCAAGGCCAUUGACGACCUCUGGAGGCAGCACAGCAACAACAAAUUUGGGUACAGCGUCCAGAGAAAAAUAUAUGGCAAAGUGAGCAAUGACUUCACCAAAUUCUUCAUUAAGGUUGGGUGGAUGAAGAAGCUGGACACAGAAGUUGAGCAAUUCAACUACAGAGCCUUCCCCAAUGAGUUCAUCUGGGAGCUCAACGAGGACACACCAGAAGGACAUCUGCCAUUGACGAAUGCUUUGAGAGGUACCCAGCUGCUCAAAAGCAUUUUAGAGCAUCCUGCUUUCAAGCCCACAGAGGAAGAGCUGCUUCAGGCUAAGGCUGCAGGUGAAGACAUGGGCAGUGGAGUUACAGGGUUGAAAGGGUUUAUCGAUGGCUCCAAAAGCAAAAGAGUGCUCAAAUCAGACUAUAGCUUUUGAAUUUGAAAUAUGAUCAAUUUGAAUGUUCUGGAACUUACCCAGUAUCAAUAUUUGCACAGGAAAUUAAAAUGACAUUUGGGGUUUUUGUAACAA